AUGCUCACCUCGUUGCUCCCGCCGCCCACCGUCCCGGUCGUCUCCAAACUCUCCGCGUCGGCGUCGCCCAAGACCGCCAAGCCCACCAGGCUCGCCGCGCUCUCCGCCUCCGCCUCCGCCCUCGCCGUCGCCCCCGCCGCGACAUCCGACGAUGCGCCGCCCGGCGGCGGCCGCCUCUCCGCGCUCAUCCGCUCCCUCUGCGCCGCGGGGCGCACCGCGGAGGCCGCGCGGGCGCUGUCAGCCGCGGGCGGCAGCGCGGGCGUCGUCGCCUACAACGCCAUGGUGUCCGGCUACUGCCGCGCGGGGCAGCUCGCCUCCGCGCGCCGCCUCGCCGCGUCGGUGCCCGUCCCGCCCAACGCCUACACCUACUUCCCCGUCGUGCGCGCGCUCUGCGCGCGGGGCCGGAUCGCCGACGCGCUCGCGGUGCUCGACGAGAUGCGCCGCCGCGGCUGCGCGCCCAUCCCGCCCAUGUACCACGUCGUCCUCGAGGCCGCCUGCAGGGGCGGCGGCGGCUUCCUGAGCGCCGUCAGGGUGCUCCAGGACCUCCACGCCAGGGGCUGCGCGCUCGACGUCGGCAACUGCAACCUCGUCCUCAACGCCGUCUGCGACCAAGGGUCGGUGGACGAGGCGCUCCGCCUGCUGCGGGACCUGCUGCCGUCCUUGGGCUGCCAGCCGGACGUGGUGAGCUACAACGCCGUGCUCAAGGGCCUGUGCAUGGCCAAGCGCUGGGGCCGUGUCCAGGACCUCAUGGAGGAGAUGGUCACGGUGGGCUGCCCGCCCAACAUCGUCACCUUCAACACCCUCAUCGGUUACUUGUGCCGGAACGGCUUGUUCGAGCGGGUGCACGAGGUCCUCGCGCAGAUGGCGGACCAUGGGUGCACGCCGGACAUCAGGAUGUAUGCCACUAUCCUCGAUGGUAUCUGCAAGGAAGGGCAUCUCGAGGUUGCGCAUGAGAUUUUGGAUAGGAUGCCUUCCUACGGGCUCAAGCCCAAUGUGGUUUGCUACAAUACUGUGCUCAAGGGCUUGUGCAGUGCUGAGCGGUGGGAGCAAGCCGAGGAGUUGCUGGCUGAGAUGUUUGACAAGGACUGCCCACUUGAUGAUGUCACGUUCAACAUACUUGUUGAUUUCUUCUGCCAAAAUGGGCUGGUGUACCGGGUGAUCGAACUACUUGAGCAAAUGCUGGAGCAUGGAUGCAUCCCGGAUGUCAUCACAUACACUACAGUGAUCAAUGGCUUCUGCAAGGAAGGGCUUAUCGACGAAGCUGUCAUGUUGUUGAAAAGUAUGGCCGCCUGUGGAUGCAAGCCGAAUACCAUAAGCUAUACUAUUGUGCUCAAGGGUUUGUGCAGCGCGGAACGAUGGGUGGAUGCUGAGGACCUGAUGUCUCAAAUGAUUCAGCAAGGCUGUUCUCCGAAUCCUGUCACAUUCAACACAGUCAUCAAUUUCUUGUGUAAAAAGGGACUGGUUGAGCAGGCCAUUGAACUUCUUAAGCAGAUGCUACUGAAUGGAUGCAGUCCCGACCUGAUUAGCUACAGCACAGUGAUUGAUGGCCUUGGCAAGGCUGGCAAGAUGGACGAAGCACUGGAGCUGUUAAAUGUGAUGGUCAACAAAGGGAUGAGCCCAAACACAAUCAUUUAUUCGUCAAUAGCUUCUGCUCUCUCCAGAGAAGGUAGAAUUAACAGGGUAAUUCAGAUGUUUGAUAACAUCCAGGAUACCACAAUAAGGUCCGAUGCAGUGCUCUACAAUGCAGUUAUUUCUUCGCUUUGCAAAAGAGGGGAAACUGACCGUGCUAUUGAGUUUUUGGCAUAUAUGGUGUCCAGUGGAUGCAUGCCCAACGAAUCGACCUACACUAUUCUUAUUCGAGGCUUAGCAAGUGAGGGAUUUGUGAAGGAGGCACAAGAGACAUUGAUUGAAUUGUGCUCCAAAGGUGCUCUAAGAAAGCACUUGAUGAAGCAUUUUGGUAUUGUAUGA